AUGAAGUGCCUGAACAACCGGGCUGAAAGCCACCUGAGCGGACAGGUGGAGUGCGAGUUGGACACCGUGGGCAACGGUGCCUGGGUGAACCAGGGUUACUGUGGCUCUCCUCCGCCCCUUGCCCGAGCUGUCAGCACCAUCUACAACCCUCAGCCUCUCUUCCAGGGCUCCAUGGACAGCAUUUACAAACUGGACACCCCCGGGCCGUUCCACCAUCCACCAGAGGAGCCACCAUCUACUGAGCAAAGCCUGGUGAAGAAAAGAGGCUGCUGCUCUGUUAUCAAAGGUUUGUGGGGAACAACAUUGACCGAAAACACCUCUAACAACAGGGAACUGUUUGUCCGAACCACGCUACGAGAGUUACUGGUCUAUCUGGUGUUCCUGGUAGACAUAUGCCUCUUGACAUAUGGUAUGACCAGUUCAAGCACCUACUAUUACACCAAAGCCAUGACGGACCUGUUUGUGAAUACAGCCGGUGAAAGUGGGGUUAAGUUUCAGUCCAUUGGAACCAUGGCCGACUUCUGGACUUACGCCCAGGGACCAUUACUGGACGGCCUCUACUGGACUAAAUGGUACAAUAACCAGUCCCUCGACAGCGGGGACCAGUCCUUCAUCUACUAUGAGAACAUGCUGCUGGGAGUCCCGAGGAUGAGGCAGAUCAAGAUCAAGAACAACUCCUGCAAGGUCCACGACGACUUCCAAGACGAGAUCACGGGAUGUUUCGAUGUCUACAAUGAGAAGAAGGAGGAAGACUUCAGCUUUGGUCUCAUUAAUGGCACUGCCUGGAGUUACCACACAGAGAAAGAAAUGAAGGGUUCCUCUCACUGGGGGUUGCUGACCACCUACAGUGGAGCGGGAUACUAUCAAGACCUGAGUCGCACCAAAGAGGAGAGCGCCGUCAUACUGAGGGAACUGGUGGACAACCUUUGGCUGGACCGAGGAACCAGAGCUGCCUUCAUCGACUUCUCCACUUACAAUGCAAACAUCAACAUGUUCUGCGUCAUCAGGUUGGUGGUUGAAUUCCCAGCAACCGGUGGAGCGAUCCCUUCCUAUCAGAUCAGAACGGUCAAAUUGAUCCGCUACAUCACCUACUGGGAUUACUUCAUCCUCGGCUGUGAGAUAGUCUUCUGUUUGUUCAUCCUCUACUAUGUUGUGGAGGAGAUUCUUGAAGUGCGAAUACACAAGUUGUCCUACUUCAAAAGCAUCUGGAACAUACUGGACGUUGUUGUCAUAAUGCUCGCCAUCGUUGCCAUCAUUUUCAAUGUUUUCCGAACUGUCAAAGUGGACAAGUUGCUUGGCAAACUGCUGGAACACCCUGAUAUCUAUGCUGAUUUUGAAUUUCUGGCGUUCUGGCAAACACAGUACAACAACAUGAACGCUGUGAACUUGUUCUUUGCGUGGAUCAAGGUUUUCAAGUACAUCAGUUUUAAUAAGACCAUGACUCAGCUGUCCUCCACACUGGGUCGAUGUGCUAAAGAUAUCUUGGGAUUUGCCAUCAUGUUCUUCAUUGUCUUCUUCGCUUAUGCUCAGCUCGGAUAUUUGCUGUUUGGGACAGAAGUUGAAUCCUUCAGCACCUUCGUAAAGUGCAUCUUCACACAGUUCAGGAUUAUUCUUGGAGACUUUGAUUAUGACGCCAUCGACCGAGCUAACAGAGUUCUCGGGCCAAUCUACUUUGUCACCUACGUGUUCUUUGUUUUCUUUGUUCUGCUGAACAUGUUUCUGGCCAUCAUUAAUGACACAUAUUCUGAGGUUAAGGAGGAGCUCUCAUCCCAAAAAGAUGAGCUGCAGAUUACAGACAUCAUCAAACAGAGCUAUAUGAAGACAUUUAUGAAGCUGAAACUCAAAAAGGAGAAAAUAUCAGAUGUUCAGAAGGCGCUACGGUCUGGUUCUGGAGAAAUCGAAUUCAAGGACUUCAGAGAAACUCUGAAAGAGAUGGGACAUGCUGAUCACGAAAUUUCUGCAGCCUUCUCACAGUUUGACCAUGACGGGAACCAAAUUCUAGACGAGGACGAACAAGAGAGGAUGAAAAUCGAGCUGGAGGAAAAGAGGGAUGCUCUUAGUGCUGAACUCAAUAAUCUUGGAAUUAAUUAUGGGAAAGAAUUACUGGAGAAGCCUCCUGUAACCUCCAAUGAGCAGAAGAACCACUCCAGUCAAACCUCGGUGGAUCGGGAACAGUUUCUAAAACUGGCCAGACAGGUUCUCCACCUUGAGAGCUCUGUAGCAGGCAUCACAACCAGGAUUGAGUUGAUUAUGGAGAAACUGGGAUUACAAGAGAAAGCCAAAGGGAACGAAACAGCAGGGAAACUGUCCAUGACCAGUAAUGAUAGUGAUGAAACUGCCUCAGAUGGCAGCGUCCUGGUUUGUGUGGACAGAGGCAUGAAGGCCGAGCUGUCGUCCAGGAGAGCAGCAGGUCACACCAACUCCACAUAUGACUGUCACAUGUGA